AUGAAGCUUGAGCGCAAUGCGUCCAUGGUGGAACAUCUGCCGAGUUCGAACCUAGUUUGCUACCAUGAUCUCUCUCCUGAGUUGACGACUGAAGAGCGCUAUUCCUUCCCUGCUAGGAAACUAAUCAUACCGAAGACAAGUGAGGCUUAUCGGCUUUUCCUCUUUAGCUGUGGCCCUGGCAAACUCAUACUCGACGGCAAGGCCAUCGUCGACAUCGAGCGAGAAUGGUGGUCAAUCAUGUCAUUUCUUUUCAUGAGCUACGAUUCGCCCGAAGAACAACUUGAUGUAACCCUCGAAGCUGGUAGGUCAUACGAGCUUGUGCUUGAGUCGCCCAGCCGUGAGCCGAAACCCCACAACCUGACGUAUGUGGGCAUGUUGGAGCGCGAAGAGGAAGCUAUCGAGCUUGUCAGGACUAGUGAUGUUGCCAUUGUCGUUAUAGGCAGAGACCAGGACCGGGAGAUGGAGACGAGCGACAUGGCGUCCAUGGAUCUACCAGGCCGGUCCAAUGAGUUGAUCUUUGCCGUGGCCAAGACGAGGUCCAGGCUGUUUUUCAAUGUUUGGUACCAAGGCCAGAAGCAGGGUAACAGUCUGGCGGACGUCCUUCUCGGAACGGCUCCUCCGUGCGGAAAACUGCCAAUCACAUCCCCACACCGCAUUGAGGACAUAAGAUCAUUCAACAACCAUUUCGAGGAGACCGACGUGGUUCACUAUGGAGAGAAUAUCUAUCUCAGGUACAAGCGUUACGACCAUUGCAAGAUUGACCCACUGUUCCCAUUCGGCUCGGGCUGUUCGUACACCACUUUCGAGUACACGAACCUGAGAUUAAACACCAACAUGCUAGAGGAAACCGGAAGAAUCGAGUUCUACGUCAGUCCGGUGUCGAGGCCGCGGCUGGGCCGCCCGCCAAAGGAGCUCAAGGGCUGGGACAAGGCCCUCGUACACCCCGGGGAGACGGUGAUCGCUCGGACGACGCUUGAUAAGGUGAGCGUGUCUUACCGGGAUAACAGCGUUCAGAAGUGGAUGGUGGCGGGCAACGCGUAA